AUGCUCCUCCGACUUUUCACCUUGAUCGCUCUUCUCUUCGCUCUUGUUUGCAUUGUUUAUGGAGCCGAUGAGCAAGCACUUGAAUCAGAAGAUGCAGAUAAUGUGGCUCCAUUGAGGCUCGUUCGAUUAGCGAACUCUGACGCUGACAUAGAUUUACCACAAAUCUACAAGCGAUGGGCCACACAGGUUCGAUUCGGGAAGCGAGCGGCGAACAGCUGGGCCUCGUCUGUGCGAUUCGGC